GCGGCGGGAGGGCGGCCGUUAGGAAAAUGGCGCCGUGCGGCCCGGGGCAGACACCCGGCACUGGCCGCCGCCGCCGCCUUCCUGGCGCAGCUGCUGUGUCACGGCCACACCGGCCGGCUGUACAGCAGCCAGGAGCCGGUGAACAUUCUGGAGGCGGAUGGGGUUAAGGACCUGCUUGGGAACUGGUCGGGCGCCUGGGUGGUGGAGUUCUACUGGUCGUGGGGCGGCCCCUGUGUCAACGAUGGGGCCACCUGGAAGGUACAGGGCCCGGGAGGUGAAAGGGCCACCAGAAGCCUUCUCAGUACUCAACAAGUGACUUCACCAACAUCCUGUACAACUUCAACAUGAUGUCCCAACUCCUUUAUUCAAUGGUGUGAACAAUUAAGGUUCAGCUCGGCUUGAAUUACCGCUAAGGGACAGAGAGAACCAAUCCAUCAUUCUAUGAAGCAGCACAGUCUAAUGGUCUGAGGAGCAGAGACAGCCGGCAGCUACAAGACUAUUUGAAAAUCUGAAGACUGAAGUUUCAAAAUCAAUGGAUGGAAGGCUUAUGUCCGAAACAUUGACUCUCCUGCUCCUCGGAUGCUGCCUGACCUGCUGUUUUGCCAGCGCCACAUUUUUUGACUGACUCUCCAGCGUCUGCAGUCCUCAUUUUGUUGUUAAUGUCUGACAGUCACUCAAUCCAUUGGGACCACAACAAUUUUUGACUGAUUUCUGUGAGAGGGAUCAACACUUUUUGGUUCCUGUUUGAGGACGUUUUCAACAUCAGGUGGGACUGGACAAGAGACCCCACUGUUGAAGCACACUGUGUGUGGAGCCUGAAACAGUUAUACGGCCUGGGAAGGGGAUUUCAGGGCAGGGAGGGGCUCUACACGUGUUUGUGUGCAGCUGAAGCUGUGGCCAUGGAGAAUCCUGAGGAAUCCCGCCCCGUGGAGAAACCGUGGAAGUGUGGCGACUGUGGGAAAGGCUUCCGUGUCCCGUCUACCCUGGAGACUCAUCGGCGCAGUCACACCGGGGAGAGGCCAUUCCCCUGCACCGACUGCGGGAAGGCCUUCAGAGAUUACUCCCACCUGCUGAGGCACCAGCGGAGCCACACGGGGGAAAAACCCAUCAGCUGCCCAGAUUGUGGGAAGGCCUUCAUAUUUUUCUCUGCCCUGUUGGCCCACCAGCGGGUCCACACAGGAGAGAAGCCGUUCAGCUGCCCAGAGUGUGGGAAGGCCUUCAGGUAUUCCUCCAACCUGCUGACCCACCAGCGUGUCCACACCGGGGAGAGACCGUACACCUGCCCUCAGUGCAGAAAGAGCUUCACCUGCUCCUCCAACCUGCGGAGCCACCAGCGGAUCCACACCGGGGAGAGGCCCUUCAGCUGCCCUGAGUGUGGGAAGGCCUUUCACGAUUCCUCCACCCUGCUGACCCACCAGCGGAUCCACACCGGGGAGAGACCCUUCAGCUGCCCCAAAUGCAGGAAGGGUUUCAACUGCUCCUCCCACCUGCGGAGCCACCAGCGGAUUCACACAAGGGAGAGGCUCUUCACUUGCUCUCAGUGCGGGAAGGCCUUCAGCUAUUCCUCCACGCUGCUGAUCCACCAGCGGAUACACACCGGGGAGAGACCAUACACCUGCCCUCACUGCGGGAAGGGCUUCACCUGCUCCUCCAACCUGCGGAGACACCAGCGAGUUCACAUGCCAUCGCAGGGGGAUUGAAGGUGUGACAGCCGAGUGCCAUUAUCGAUUGGAAUAUCAACCCGGUUCCGGGGACUCCCGGGUUUGAAUCCCGCCACGACAGAUGGCAGAAUUGGUAUUCGGUCAGAAAUGUGGAGUUGGGAAUCUAACGAUGAGACAGUUUCAGGGAGGGGGUGGUAGGGGGAGAAAGCCCCCAUCUGAUUCCCUCUCUCCCUUGUUAGGGAAGGGAACCGCCAUUGUGGGAAAGGAUACACUCAGUCGUUCCAGCUGCAUCCUUUACCCGGUCUGGCCUACACGUGACUCCAGACCCACAGCGGUCUGGUUGACUCUACACUGCCCUCCCCCCCCCACUGGCAAAGGAACGGGGAGAAACUUACUUGGAGACAGGGUAUGGGUUGAAAUUGCUGAGUGAGGCAAUACUUCCUCCGGGUUACGGCUGUACCAAGGAUCCAGUUACAAAGGGACAACUUGGUGCUGACCAAUAGUAAAGACAGUGAGGGGGGGGUUGGGGGAACAGGCGAGGUGUGGUGUGUGCACUUUCACCCUGAGCUGUUCAAAAAGCAACUACGUUUUCUCUGCCUCUUUGCUGGGGGGAUCUGAAACUGUAACAAAGUUGGGUUGCAAUAAAGGUUACCUGAACUUA